AUGCGAUCCCUGACCCUCGAAACAUCCAGAAUUAUCGCCGACGCCUCCGCAAUCAACGUGGAAUGCACUGCGACGAUCGCGCGGGAGAUUGACCCAGAGACCCAACAGAAGUACUUCGACCACUUGAUAAACUUCGUUACUGGUGUCAUCUUGAUUGCCGCGACCGCCGCGAGCUGGACUAAUGCACCACGACCGUUUCGGAUGCUGCCAAAGUACCACUCCCAUCCUCGGCUCGACAGCGCUUGA